ACACUGACCCCACCCCUCUUCUCCAUAUCCCACCAAUCCCUGACCGACACUUCUCCUCCUCCUCCCAAAUCUAGAUCUCCGCCGUCCGCCGCCGCCUCCUUCCCCUUCUUCCUCUGCCCUCUCAAUCUUUCUGCAUAAAGCUCGAGUCUUUACUGUCAUUUACCUUUCUUUGGCACCGGAAAUGGUGGAAUCCCAGACAUGGGCUUCCCGGCGAGGAAGCAAUCCCAGGCCGGAGACGAACGAGCAGGUCCUGGACAUCCCCAUCACCCCGACGGCGGAGGUGCGUCAGCACAAUCUGUACGGCACCGGCCUUUUGGGGACCUUUAUCUCCCCGAAUUUGCUCACCGGAUUUCUCGUCGCCGCCUGGUAUUUCUCCAACGUCGGCGUCCUCCUGCUCAACAAGUACCUCCUCAGCUUCUACGGCUACCGGUACCCGAUUUUCCUCACCAUGCUCCACAUGAUCUCCUGCGGCGCGUACAGUCUAAUCGCCGUCAAGUGGCUCGGAAUCGUCCCCUUCCAGCAAAUCCUCAGCCGGAGACAGUUCUUCAAGAUUCUCGCUUUGAGCGUCAUUUUCUGCUUCUCCGUCGUCUGCGGGAACACCUCCCUGAGAUACCUCCCCGUCUCCUUCAACCAGGCGAUCGGCGCGACGACGCCGUUUUUCACGGCGAUCUUCGCCUUCGUCAUCACCUGCAAGAAGGAGUCGCCGGAGGUUUACCUGGCUCUGGUUCCGGUGGUUCUUGGGAUUGUUCUGGCCAGCAACAGUGAGCCCCUGUUUCAUCUUUUCGGGUUCUUGGUCUGCGUCGGCUCCACCGCCGGCCGGGCGUUGAAGUCGGUGGUGCAGGGGCUGCUUCUGAGCUCCGAAGCAGAGAAAUUGCACUCCAUGAAUCUUUUGCUUUACAUGGCUCCAAUGGCGGCUCUGAUUCUGCUGCCGUUUACUCUGUACAUUGAAGGGGACGUUCUCGGAGUGACGGUGGAGAAGGCGAAGGGGGAUGGGUUUAUCGUCUUCUUGCUCGCCGGGAAUGCCACGGUGGCGUAUUUGGUCAACUUGACUAAUUUCCUGGUGACGAAGCACACCAGCGCGCUGACGUUGCAGGUUCUGGGCAAUGCCAAGGCGGCCGUCGCCGCCGUGGUGUCGGUUCUGAUAUUCAAGAACCCCGUCACCGCCAUGGGGAUGGCCGGCUUCGCCGUCACCGUAAUGGGCGUCGUAGUUUACAGCGAGGCAAAGAAAAGGUGUAAAGCAUAACUACAGCUCAUUAAUGGUACAGUUAUUUUUUUUUCUUUUUUGGGAUUUCUUUAGAAAUUCUCAAUUAAUUCCAUGAUUAUUAUUAAAGCUUAAAGGUAAAG